AUGCCGAAGAAGUACAGAGAUUGUGAUCCUGAUGAUUUACCAAAAUGGCUCCAACCGAAGCCGAAAGGAUAUGUGGAGCGAGGCACGGAUGCUACCAGCGAGCUCCUUUGGAAACAACCUGAAAAUGAUGAUGGAAUGGUCGAAAAAUAUUUGGCAGAUGCAAAGCCUUUUGUAGAAAGGCUCGGUAUGAUUCCCACGACACCCAACUUCAUUGACGCCGCACUGAAAACUCUGAUGCAUAAUGAUUAUAAUCCAGAAAAAGCUUUACAGGAGGUAUCCAAAUUUACCAGAGACUCUUUGAAGGAACCAACUUUCACACCAGAAGAAAUCAAGAGAUUCGAGGAGUCUGUCAAGAUAAAUGGAAGUGAGUUAUUCCCUGUGUUCAAAGACGUCAAGACGCAGUCGUCAGCUAUGAUAGUUAGAUUUUACUACCUCUGGAAAAAAACCAAAAAUGGCCAUUUGAUUUGGGAUAACUACGCAGGUAGACCUAAGAAUCGUUUGACAAAGCUUGCAAAAGCAGAUGGUGUCGAUGUUAAUGAUCCUGUGGAUGAUUCUUCUUAUAGUACGGAGAAGAUUGAGAGAAAUAAUGUCACUUUUGAGUGCAAGCACUGUCAUACAAGAACUUCUAAGAAAUGGUACAAGCUUUCAGGAACCACUCUUCCAGAAUCGUAUGAACAGGUGUUUCCAGGUCUUUGUUUACGGUGCGCCCGUCUAUGGAGAGAAUAUGGUGUAGAGUGGGAAGAUCCUUAUGAGAUUAUGCGCAAGCAAAGCCAACGGGGUGGAAAUGGCUGGAAGCGGAAGAUUGAGUUCGAGCUGUAUGAGGAUGCUCGCAAAAUUAUUAAAGCAAGAGAUGAAUAUCAACUACGUCCUCGCAAAUACACAGAUUGUGACAAGAAGUCAGAUACAUCGCGAAGGAGCAAAUCAAAAAUCAAGGAAGAUAUCGAUUCAUCUGAAGAUCCAUUCGAGGAUAAGCUGAAGAAAAAGUCAAUCAAGGUCAAAAAGCCUCCAAGACCAGAGUCGGUUCAGAAGCAAUCUUUAACAAUCACCUUACCAUACUCUGAAGUGCGGAAAGGCGAAGAACCGCUGAAUCUGAAGAAAAGAGCUUCCGAAGAACCUCCUGAAAGGAAAAACAAAAAGCUGAAGCCCGCUUCGCUGGAAUCCCGCUACGAAAGCAAGUUUGAUAUCUCCUUACCAAAGUUCCAACUCAGGGGAGAGAAACAAUACAAACCACCAUUUGCCAACGAUACGCGUCCAUGCUGCGUAUGUAGAGAGUAUGGAAUGGCCCAAGAGAUUUUGAUUUGCACUUCAUGUGGUUUGAAUGUUCAUGCAUCAUGCUAUGGAGACAUCAAUAUGGAAUCGCUAACCGAGCUCAGCAGUUAUAAGUGGCUUUGCGAUACUUGUUCAAACGACCUGCACCCUCUAUACUCCACUGAUUACAAAUGCGUUUUGUGUCCGGCAAAGGAGACAGAUACUCAGGGAGGUAAAUUGGGAUUUUCUUACUCGUACCCGGAUGCCCUGAAGCGAACAGUCAGUGGUAACUGGUGCCAUAUAAUCUGUGCAAUAUUUGACCCUUUUUGCGAAUUUGGGUCCAGCUCUUUGCAACCAGUGUUUGGUACAGAGCUUUCUCUUUUGAGAAACACGGGCAAAAAAUGCACCAUUUGUGGAUAUGGUGGCAGUCUACUUGACUGUAAAGUUUGUCAGAAGCCUAUGCACGUUACAUGUUGCUUGGAUACCGAAGGCUGUGCUGUUGGAUUUGAGUUGAUACCUGAUAGAACAUUCAACUUCAAACUGAAAGAUGUCAACAGAUCGUUGCGACCAGUACCCCAGAUAGUGUGCUGCGGUCACUCGUUACCAGAUCUCGUUCCCUUACGUGCUCUUGGAAAAAUGAAAGGAAAGAAGGAACAACCACUCAUUAAGCUUUAUUGCACAGAGCUUAAACAGAAUAAGUCUGCAGCAACAGGCGAAUACUGGCAUCGACUCUACGAAGAAUCUCUCAAACUGAUAGGAAGAAAUACUCCGCGGGUUGAUCUUCCUGUACCCGUUACCCAUGAAUGCCUACACUGUCACAAUACAAGAUCUCUGAGAUGGUACGAAGAGGCAGGUAGCCAGGGUGAAGUGUGCCAUCAAUGUUAUGUCAGAAAGAAAAAUGAUGAGAGUUUGAUAGAUGUGCUGCCCGAUAUUCAAUCUCUGAACAGGGUUGCGCUGAAUGCUACGAAGUUUGGAUUAAUUGGCCUCGAUGACAAAUUGAAAGAUUCUCGAAUGUCAAUCAAAGAUAUGCUGUCUUGA